CCGAGGGGCAGGACUGCAGGUCUCUUAUCUGUUCUGCAGUAGUUCAGUUUCCUACUAUUGCUCUGCUUAUAUGCUUAUAUGUACCAUUGUAGCUGUGUUGUUUGGGAUUGUUUUGGGGUUUUUUGUGUUUUGUUUUUUUAUAGGCAUCCAGUGAGGUUUCAUUUGAUUCUUAGACUAGUUGGUGUGUACAUGGAAUCUUCAUAAUGCAUCUGCACUUGUUUGAAGUAUGAUGGAAAUAGUAACAAAUUCCACUAUACUCCCUGCACAGAUACUGAAACUGUGGAAUCUUUUGGUUUUCUUUAAAAUACAAAGCAGGGCAGUCAGCAGCAAGUUGCACCCAUCACUUCUCCUGUUUCAUGUGCUCUAAAAUUCUUGUUGUGAAUCUUUUGUUAUGUUUUCAGGUGUACUGUGAGUAUGGGAUGGUACAUGUCCUUUCAGAAAUGCCGGGCAGCAAAGGAAAAGACUACUGUAUCCUCUUCAACUCUCAGUGGGCCCAUUUGCCACAGGAUCUGGGUAAAGCUUCACUCUUGGAACUGCAGAAUCAGACAGCAUCUGUUUUGUGUUCUUCUUCUGAUGUACCUCAUGGGGGAUUUAAUAAUCAAAUCCCCAUGGUGAUGCGAGGGAAUUGCACCUUCUAUGAGAAAGUGAGGCUUGCUCAGAUAAAUGGAGCUCGUGGGCUGCUGAUUGUUAGUAAGGAGAGACUGGUUCCUCCUGGGGGUAACAGGAGUCAAUAUGAAGAGAUUGAUAUUCCUGUGGCUCUGCUCAGCUAUAAUGAUAUGUUAGAUAUUCGCAAGAAUUUUGGCACCCAUGUGAGAGGGGCGCUGUAUGCACCAAAUGAGCCUGUGCUGGACUAUAACAUGGUGAUUAUAUUUGUCAUGGCUGUGGGGACUGUUGCAAUUGGAGGCUACUGGGCAGGAAGCAGAGAUGUUAAAAAGCGGUACAUGAAGCACAAACGUGAUGAUGGCACAGAGAAACACGAUGAUGAAACAGUUGACGUGACUCCCAUAAUGAUCUGUGUGUUUGUAGUGAUGUGCUGCUCAAUGCUGAUCCUCCUUUAUUUCUUCUAUGACCACUUAGUCUAUGUUAUCAUAGGAAUAUUCUGCCUGGCUGCCUCAAUUGGUCUUUACAGCUGUCUGUCACCCUUUGUAAGAAGAUUCCCCUUGGGAAAGUGCAGAAUCCCAAACAACAACUUGCCUUAUUUCCACAAGCGGCCACAGGUCCGGAUGUUGCUGCUGGCAGUAUUUUGUAUCUCUGUCAGUGUAGUCUGGGGAGUCUUCAGAAAUGAAGAUCAGUGGGCCUGGGUUCUGCAAGAUGCUUUAGGAAUUGCUUUCUGUCUUUAUAUGUUGAAAACAAUUCGCCUGCCUACAUUUAAGGCUUGUACCUUGCUCCUCCUGGUUCUUUUUGUGUAUGAUGUAUUCUUUGUAUUUAUCACACCUUUUCUAACAAGGUCUGGGGAGAGUAUAAUGGUGGAGGUGGCUGCAGGUCCGACUGAUUCUUCCACUCAUGAAAAGCUCCCAAUGGUCCUGAAGGUUCCACGCCUGAACUCCUCACCCUUGGCUCUGUGUGACAGGCCUUUUUCUCUUCUAGGAUUUGGAGACAUUUUAGUUCCAGGCUUACUGGUCGCCUAUUGCCAUAGAUUUGAUAUUCAGGUGCAGUCAUCCAGAGUGUAUUUUGUAGCCUGCACCAUAGCAUAUGGCUUAGGCCUCCUUAUGACCUUUGUUGCCUUGGCAAUGAUGCAGAUGGGCCAACCUGCUCUCCUCUACUUGGUGCCCUGUACCCUCUUCAUAAGCUUUGCUGUGGCUUUUUGGAGGAAGGAGCUUGCAAUGUUCUGGACGGGCAGCGGCUUUGCGGUGAAUACCAGUUUGAUAUGAGUGUCUUCAAGAAAUACUAAUAUUAUAAAAACCUAACUAGAAUUAAAAAAGACCUACCUCAGCCUCCCUUGGUGAUAGCUCCUGUCAACUGCCCUGAGCUACCCAAAGAUAGCAGUGUACCAGCCUCUCAACAAGACACAGAGCAAAUGAUCAAUCCUACCCUCCACGUGAAGGAGCUGCAUGGCCCCACCUCAGCUGCAGAGGAGCUGGCUGAUACCGACACAAAGAGGGACCAGUCACAAAUUCCUAUGGCACAGAGUGAGGAGGAACCAGCUGGUCAGAAUAAGGACAACGGUGACAGCAAAGGCAUAAAUACAGAGCAAAACCAGCUGGAAUAAACAGUGAUAAGAACUCCUUUUCCCUCACAAACAUAUCCAUGUAAAACCAGUAUGUAUUUAGGACUGGUUUAGUAGUGUUUGCGUUCAUUGAGGAACCUCACUGGGAGUCUGAUCAUCAAAUCCAACAACGAAUGUUCUGCCUCCAGCUUCAGUACAGCUAUACAAUUCAAACAUCUUUCUGAAAUAUGGUGCUCUACAAGGGUUCUGAUGUAUGGAUUUCAAUGCUCAUUUCAUUAGGGAAUGCCUCUGACUGUUCCAUUUUCUCUAUAGCAAGGUAGUAUUACAAGUUUAUUUACACAGUACUCUGUGCUUGUGUGGCUAUUUUGCUGCUUUAGCAUAGUGUAGGUUCACAUGGAGGAAAAGCAUUGAACAAGUCUGCUACAAUGCUUAAUUGAGAGAAACAUAAUAGGGUUUUGGGGUUUUUUUUAGCACUUUCCCUAUUGUCACCUUUACUUUUUCCCUACUUGUCAAAACCAUUGAUAUAAGGGAAUGCUUUAGUAUAAACUCAUUCAGGAAAUGCAGAGAAUGGUUUAGUUACCAGCCUCUGAACGGAUUUAUACUACCAUGGUGCAUUAAAUGCAUCUCUUAAUGUUUUUGUCUUUGUCUUUUACUCCAGGUACCUGGGUUAGUUACUAGUUUAGUUUAAAAGGCAGGAUGAAUGGAGCUGCAGGAAGCUUUCUAAGCACUUGUGUGAACUCUAGGGGCUGUUCUGAAAAUACAGUCACAGAAUCAUAGAAUAAACCAGGUUGGAAAAGACCUUUAAGAUCAUCAGGUCCAGCCUUUACCCCAGGACUGCCAAGGCCACCAUUAAACCAUGUCAUUAAGGGCCUCGUCUGCAUGGUUUGUGAACACUUCCAGGGACGGUGUUUGUCACAGAACACUGGAAGCAAAAGCAUAUUAGGAAUGUUUAAUGUUAUAGGAAUAAAACACAAGCCAAAUAGGUAAGAAAAUAGGUAGUAGUACUAUCCUAAGUUUAACAGGCAGUAUUUUUGUUAGGAAAAUAUUAAAGCAGUAAAAGUCCAAGUGUUUGGGGGUUUGAGCUACUGCUUGUUACUGAUUUAAGGGAUGGAAUUGUGAUUUCUAGUUCUGAAGAAAAUAAUCUGGUGAUUUUAUUCCCAAGGGAACACAUACAGUGCUACAGUCAGUUGUGAUUUUAAAGCUUGCUUGCUCCUCAGUAACUGCCUCAGUCAUGCUUUGUCUUUGUCCCAAGAGGAGCCAAAGCAUGACCUGUGAGGCUCUGGAAUGAGGCUGUGUUCUAACCUGUUAUUUUGCACCUCUUGCUACAUGACAUUGGGAAGGACUAAAUUUGUGAAUUUAAAACUUUUUGGGAUGCAUCUGGUCUUAUUUUAUGUACCUGAAAUAGUGCAUUUUCUUGUAUAACAUGAUUGAGUCUUAGUACAUGUAGAGGGAUGAUACGAUUUGUAGAUUAUUCCAUCCAAGAACAUUUGGUUUUGUCAAAGGUGUCUGGUCUGUUCUACGCUUAAGAUACAAUCCCAGAAAGCCUCAAACACUUCACAUUAAAACUGAAAGAGAAAUUUGAAGUAUUCUAUGAUCCUAGAAUAUGAUUCCAAAUGGCAUGGGAGAUAGACUCUUCAGAGUAUCUGAGGGCCCAAAAUGUCAUUUAGAAGAGUAUCCUAAUAGUGACAUGAUCAGAGGUGAUGCUUUUAAAUUAGAAGUCUCCAUUGGCAUGUUGAGUUGGAGUCACUUGUGAUGUCUGGCUGUUAAGUUUCUGCCGUUGUCUUUUUGGCUACGUCUUCCAAAACUUUACCCUGUGCUUUUUGGAUGAUAACUUCUGUUUCUGUUUCACGUUGGGUGGAUACUGUCCUUUCUCUAGAAUGCGAAAUGCUUUCUGUAAAAACCACACUAUGGCUUCAGAGUUUUACCAGCUUCUGCUUAAAACUUCAAGCCCUGACGAUAAGUUGAUUCAGCGGUGAACUUCUUAAAAGGCUUCCUGAGUCCGAAGGCCUGCACUACAUUUGGUUUAUGAAUUACCCUAACGGAAGAGAGUAGUACUAAAGAGAUCUCUUUUUUAAUCUCCUCUUUAAUGGACUAUGUUACUUUUGCCAGCAGUAAUCUGAACCAGUUAUUACUAAUAAAAGCAACAGAGACAUUUUACUGAAACCUUCAGCCAGCUGGAUUAUGCCUUACUUUAAGCCAUUGUAAAAGUAUGUAUAAUAAACUAAGAAAACAA